AUGGUUUUACCAACACAACAGGAUAGAGCGCUGUGGCGAAAAGCGAUUCAGACUCCGGAGGAAACCACGGAUGAGGAGAGACGCAAUAUCCUUGGACUUGUUGAUCCCAAAACUCAGCUUUCAAACUGUCUUGAGAUCACCGAAAUGUCCCCCGAUGAAUUUGAGAAGAAGGUUCUUGAGAAUCCAGAGUCUUUGACAAUGGAAGAAUGCCGAUUGAUUCAACAUGGAUAUCAUAUUUGGGAUAAUUCAGAGGCUCUGGCCGCAAACGUUGUUCUGACAGCUGCGACUCUUCGGGCUAGCUCCUUGGGGAAGUUGCGGAACGAAUCUAUGAAAGUUUUAAUACAAAAAGCCGCAGACGAUGGCGGGAAGUCAUGCGCAUGGGUAGAGAGAUUGAUUGGCCGAUCAGUGCCUCUUACUGCCAUCGAUAUGCAGUCUUCUUGUGGAUUUGUGAUCUUGAGAGAUGCAAGAACUGAUUGCAUGAAAGUAUUUACAGUUUUUCAAGACGUGGUUAAAAUCAAGACUCAAUCCGAUCAGCAUAUUUUACAAAACACAUUCCUUCUCGUCACGCCUGAGGUAGUCGCUUCAUUCAACGGUAGCUCAAUUACUCCGUGGAUAUGGGCAUACGACACGACUUUUGAUCUCAAAGUUUUAUCCGAAACAGAUACAAGCACAGUGUUUGAUGGCAGAUUAAAAGUUGCAGCUACUUCAAUAUUCACCUGGUUUUAUGCUGCGCGCAAGGAAGAAAUCUAUUGCAUGAAGCGGCUUUGGGGAUGUGCACAGAAACAACCCGACCAGAUCUGGGACGUUGCGACUGAGAUGAGAAGAUAUCAUGGACCUUUGGUUCUAUUGAAGAAGGGUACUCAUUGGCCAUUUAACACCUAUGAGUUCCGCAGUUGA